GUACAGUGAAGGAGGUUUGCGAUGAACUCCUUCAACCUACAACAAUUGUUCCUUUUAGGCCGAGGGAAAAGCCAAAAAUUGAAGAAAUUACAUGAAGAGAUAGUGAAUCAAUCACUAGAAGAAAGAGGCCAUGGAAGAAAUCAAAAGGAAAUUAGCAGCUUAUCUUGUAGAAAAGCAUAUCAGUGUAGAUAAAUCUAAGGUGGUCCACGAAAGUGAAGAGGAAGAUCUGAUGGAUGAGGUUACUUUGGAGGAGUUGGAUCUAACUCCAGCUAAACUUGACGAUCUGAAUGUGAAAAUACAAGAUCUGCUAAAGGAGGUAAAUCUGGGUAUUGAAGAAGAGCCAAAGAUCAUAUUCAUCAAAGGCUCCCUUAAGCCGUGUAUGUGUGAGAAGAUCAUCAACAUCUUGCAUGAGUACAAAGAUUGUUUUGCUUGGGUUUAUUUAGAAAUGCCAGGUCUGGACCAAAAGUUGGUGGAGCAUAGGUUACCCAUCAAAGAAGGAACCACCUACCAAAGAGCCAUUAACGCCAUCUUUCAUGACAUGAUUGACCAUUUCAUGGAAAUUUACAUUGAUGAUUUGGUUGUGAAAUCUGAUGAAGACGAGGAACAUUUGAAACAUUUAAAGAUGGUUUUUGAGAGAAUGAGGAUGCAAGAUAUGAAGAUGAAUCCAUUAAAAUGUGCAUUUGGUGUUUCUCUUAGAAAUUUUCUAGGAUAUCUGGUGCAUGAGCGAGGUUUAGAGGUGAAUUUCCUCAGACGUUUCAUCUUAAAUCUGGCAAGAAGGACUAGAGCUUUUUCACCUCUUUUGAAGCUCAAAGCUAAAGCAAAUUUCAUGUGGGAGCAGCACCACCAGACUGCCUUUGAUGAAAUUAAGUGAUAUCUGUCAAAGCCAUCAGUCUUAGUGCCUCUGUCCAAGGCAAACCAUUGCUUUUGUAUAUAUCUGCCAAAGAUGAAUUUGUAGGUUGUUUGUUGGCUCAAGAAAAAAAAUAAAAAACAAGAGCAAACUGUGCAUUAUCUGAGUUGAAGCUUGUCAAAGACCGAAGUGAAAUAUUCUUUGGUCAAAAAACUGUCUUGAAUUGUUUCUUGAUGCAAUAAAAUUGAGACAUUAUU